AUGGCUACAGAACGUUACCAAUUGGCAGACAUAGUUGCGGUGGCCAAAAUCCACCCUUUUUACAAUCCAGAUUCUGUUUAUCCUGCUGAUACUGAAAGGAUCGAAGAAAUUCGGGAGUUAAUUGACCGACAAUCGAAGCCCGUUCUCCAAGAGCAGGCAUUGCUUACCAAGAAAAAACUGUACAAGGUGAUUGAGCGGCUGGUCCAUGAUAUGGACCCUCUGAAUACAUAUCGGCGGAGCUCCUAUAUGUCCAUCACUGGUGGUGGGUCCGGAGGACUCCCCAUGAUGUUUGCCGUGGACGUACACGAGAACCGUCAACAGAGAGCUCAAAUGGGGAAUUUCAUCAAACUUUGUGGUAUCAUCGAGCCAAGUGAUUGGGUGCUCUCCACCCAUUUGUCCGGGGGUUUCUACAGGUCCCUCGAUCUCACGACUGAGAUUAUAGAAAAUGCUGGAGCAACUGUUUUGAGCGCAGGCAGCUACAUGCCACCUACCGAAGUUGUAAAAUCUCUCGCUGAUUAUCAUGUCAAUGUGUUGACAGGCGACGGGUGUCAGGUCAUUCAAGUCGUUCAUCAAAUCUCGAUGUUGCCUCAGGACCAUCGUGAUCGUAUUCAUCUGGAAAAGAUAAUCUACACUUCAGAGCCACUCAACAGCCCCCAGCGGGCGUUCAUUCAGACGGUCCUGGGCGAUGUUAAGAUCUUUUCCAUUAUGGGUAGUUCGGAAGCGGGCCCCUGGGCAAUCAGCAGCCCUGACCUAACGGGCAAGCAGAGCCCUACCCAAUGCAGCACCGAUUUUAUCUUCGACACUCGCAACAUGCUGAUCGAGAUCAUUUCACCCUCCGACAUAGAUGAUACAGCUCAGUGCGAUUUGACUCCGGUCCCACCAGGCGAAACGGGAGUCAUUGUACAGACAUCUCUACAAAGACUGCGCAAUCCGCUGAUACGUUAUAACACUGGUGAUAUCGGCUCCGUUCAUCCCCUCCCGGAUUCGGCCUCUGCUAUCGUCCCCGAGGCUGAUCGGGAAUACCUCCGUAUAUUACGUAUGCACGGGCGCGACCAUCGCUUCAGCUUCAAGUGGUAUGGCUGCUAUUUUGAGUUCGAUAAUAUCGAAACAUUCAUGCAAAUAGAGGAAUACGGUAUUCUCCAGUGGCAGAUAAUUUUAGGCCGCCUGGAGAGCUCGCCGCAAUCAACUUUGGAAGUUCGCUUGCUCAGAUGCCCACAGGCUGGUGAUUUAUCUAACAACGAUGUAAAACAUCGAGUUGAGGCUUUCUUUGUUGUUUUGCCCGAGAAUCGGCAUCUUGUACGCAUUUUGUUUGUUGAUGUCCUCGACAGGUUUGAGCGGAGCGUCACCGCGAGAAAGAUUAUCAAGUUUGUGGAUAAGUGGAAUCAUUGA